GUUCUGUUCCAGACUCGUGAUUGAUCCUUUUUUUCCUUUCUCUUCUCAUUUCUACUAUACGUAUGGCGACUCGAAGAAGAAGAGAAGGAAUAGUUGGGAUAUUCUUGUUGAUAACUGCAGUCCUAGUCGAUUCCGCCCAAGCAAGGAGAAAAUUAGCAUCGUCCAAUAAAUCAAAUGAUGUCGAGUUUGCUCAGGCCCCCAGAGGAACUGUAAAAUCUGUUCAGAGUGGUGGCGGCGAUGUUGUCGAUUGUGUCGAUAUUUACAAACAACCGGCUUUUGACCAUCCUCUACUGAAGAACCAUACCAUACAAAUGAAACCGAGUUUCACAGAAGAAGGUGAAAGUCAUUUGCAAGGGCUGCCGGCCGAAUUGGAAGAAUGGGGCGUGGAUUGCCCCGAAGGAACAGUCCCUAUUAUCAGAAUGACAUCGGAAAAUGCUGUUCAGAAGAAGGAUUAUGUUCCACCGUUCCCUGUUAACGAGAAAAGCGGCCUCCACAACAAAUCCUUUCCUGUUUUCGCUUCUUACAAUAAGGGACAUGAGGCAUGUACCUUCCUUUAUGCAAUAGUGAAGACGAUAGAGAACGGGAGAACCUUCCAUGGAGGCCAAGCGCUCCUCAAUGUGUGGAAUCCUCAUGCAGAGACCGGAGAAGCGAGCAUCUCCCAGAUUUGGAUUUACGCGGGUUCAGAGGAAAACGUCAACACUGUAGAGGCUGGGUGGAUUGCAGGGUUAGAUUCUCGGCCGACUACGACAUUUUUUACAUACUGGACUAGUGAUGGAUACAAAUCAACAGGCUGCUACAACCUUAGAUGCUCAGGAUUCGUGCAAACGAACAAACACAUUGCUCCUGGUUUUCAAGUACGACCAACAUCCACCUUCAACGGGCAGCAGUUUGAAAUAGGUGUACAAAUUAAACAGGAUAUGUCUACACAACACUGGUGGCUUCGUCUGAAUGAUAUGGACAUCGGUUACUGGCCUAGCUCGAUUUUCAACAGUCUACGUGAUGGUGGUGUUGGCGUAGACUGGGGUGGUGAAAUUCAUAAUUUUGGAAAGGAUUGGCAACACACGACGACUCAAAUGGGGAGUGGCCAUUUUCCUCGUGACGGGUACUUUACAAAAUCAUCGUACAUUAGGAAUCUUGCUUACAUCCAAAAUAAUGGUUCGAUGCAAAGCACGCCCAAGGAAGACCUCGUGGUGUAUAUCACCAAUCCUCGAUGUUACGACCUAGUGUUAGGACCCUCGAACUUGAAUUUCGAAACCCAUUUUUAUUUCGGAGGUCCUGGAUUCUCGGCUCAAUGCAUAAUAUAGUGAAGGCAUAAAUAGAUGGAAU